UGCUCCUUAAUCUUAUAGGUGGUCGGUGAGGACGAAGCUGAGCUGCAUUGCCACCGACAGCCCCUACCAGAAUAAUACUUUGGCUUUCUGGUGCUGUGGACCUAGGAAAUAAUCCCAUAGGUUUGAGCUGUUUGGAAGAUGAAGCCCAGGCUGCAGUUGGUGUUCUUUACCUGGAUUCUCCUCAUCUGGCACACAGAAGCGGAGUUCUUCACAUCCAUAGGUCAAAUGACAGACCUGAUUUAUGCGGAGAAGGACCUGGUACAGUCUCUAAAGGACUAUAUCAGAGCAGAAGAGAGCAAGCUCUCUCAGAUUAAAAGCUGGGCUGAAAAACUGGAUGUGCUGACCAGCAAAUCAGCAUCAGAUCCAGAAGGGUACCUGGCACAUCCUGUAAAUGCAUAUAAGCUGGUGAAGCGUUUAAAUACCGACUGGCUGGAAUUGGAAAAUCUGGUUCUUCAGGAUACAACGAAUGGCUUUAUUGCAAAUCUCACAAUUCAGCGUCAGUUCUUCCCAACGGAAGAAGAUGAGACUGGAGCUGCGAAGGCUCUGAUGCGCUUGCAGGACACGUACAAACUGGAUCCUGAAACUCUCUCUCGAGGCAACUUACCAGGAACGAAGUAUAGGUCCUACUUAACAGUAGGUGACUGCUUUGGUAUGGGGAAGACUGCUUACAAUGAUGGAGACUACUAUCACACAGUACUGUGGAUGGAACAAGCCUUAAAACAGCACGAUGAAGGGGAGGAUACGACAGUCAGCAAAGUGGAGAUCCUAGAUUAUCUCAGCUAUGCAGUUUACCAGUUUGGGGAUUUGCACAGAGCCAUGGAGCUAACCAGGCGGCUGAUAUCCCUUGACAGCACUCAUGAGAGGGCAGGCAGUAAUCUGCGCUACUUUGAGAAGUUGCUGGAGAAGGAGAGGGAGGAGGAGAAAGAGAAGUCAAACAAGACCAUGACAACAACAGAACCCGUGGUGCAAAGUGGUGCCUACGAGAGGCCUCUUGACUACUUGCCAGAGCGUGAUAUCUAUGAGGCCCUUUGCAGGGGUGAAGGGGUAAAAAUGACACCUCGAAGGCAGAAAAGGCUGUUUUGUAGGUAUCAUGAUGGAAACAGAAACCCUCAUCUACUCAUAGCUCCGUUCAAGGAAGAAGAUGAAUGGGAUAGCCCUCAUAUUGUACGAUACUAUGACGUCAUGUCUGAUGAAGAGAUUGAGAAAAUCAAGCAACUAGCUAAGCCAAGGCUGGCACGAGCCACAGUGCGUGAUCCCAAAACCGGUGUCCUUACAGUGGCUAGCUACAGGGUAUCCAAAAGCUCAUGGCUGGAGGAAGGUGAUGAUCCUGUGGUGGCCAAGGUGAAUCAACGAAUGCAGCAGAUCACAGGGCUGACAGUGAAAACAGCUGAACUGCUGCAGGUUGCCAACUAUGGAAUGGGAGGGCAGUAUGAGCCACACUUCGAUUUUUCUAGGCGACCCUUUGACAGCACACUCAAAUCGGAAGGAAAUAGGCUAGCGACGUUUCUUAACUAUAAAGAUGAGCCAGAUGCUUUCAAGCGGUUAGGGACUGGAAAUCGUGUGGCCACUUUUUUAAACUAUAUGAGUGAUGUAGAAGCUGGAGGAGCUACGGUGUUCCCAGAUUUUGGGGCAGCAAUAUGGCCCAAGAAGGGAACAGCAGUGUUUUGGUACAACCUUUUCAGAAGUGGAGAGGGUGAUUAUAGAACAAGACAUGCAGCUUGUCCAGUACUAGUAGGGUGUAAAUGGGUGUCAAACAAAUGGUUUCACGAAAGGGGAAACGAAUUCUUAAGGCGUUGUGGGAGAACAGAGGUUGACUGAACCCCAACAUGCUGCAGGCCUUUGUUUGUCUCCUUUUCUACUGUUGUCUGUUCCAGUUCAUUUCUAAGAAAUGAUCCAUCUUUCUCUCCAAGAGUCCUGGCACUUUACCAAAAAAAAAAAAGAACAACAAAAUAUGUAACAGUGAAAGGAAGUAAAUGGCAUUUUUCACGCACUUGUGUCUUGGUUGCUGUUAUUUCCAUGCCUUCUGCCCUCCCAGCUUUCUCUGUAGUAGUGGUGCGUUCGGUAUGUUUGGGUGCCUGGUCUUGUGCCUUUUGUACCUCAGAGGAUUUAGAUGUUAAAUAUUUCUUUGAGCCCAAGUUGGUUUGUUUAAUUUUGUGUACAUGUUGAUUUUAUUGUAUUUCUAUGGAUCACAGGUUCUGAAUCAGAAAUAAAUGUUCUUUCCAUAAAGUG